AUGGGGGAAAUGGAGGAGCUGAAGCAGGAGAUGGAGUCGCUCAAGCAGCAGAUAGCGGAGCGGAGAAAGGCCGUGUGUGACAGCAGCCUGACACAGGUUGCCGCGGGGGUGGAGCCAGUGAGCCGGAUCCAAAUGAGGAUCAGACGCACCCUGCGGGGUCACCUGGCCAAGAUCUACGCCAUGCACUGGGGCACCGACUCACGGCUGCUGGUCAGUGCGUCCCAGGAUGGGAAACUCAUCGUCUGGGACAGUUACACCACCAACAAGGUCCACGCCAUCCCGCUGCGAUCAUCCUGGGUGAUGACCUGCAGUUACGCCCCCUCGGGGAACUGUGUCGCCUGUGGUGGACUGGACAACGUGUGCUCCAUCUACAACCUGAAGACCAAGGACGGGAACAUCAAGGUCAAUCGCGAGCUGGCGGGGCACAACGGUUACCUCUCCUGUUGCCGCUUCCUCAAUGACAACGAGAUAAUCACCAGCUCCGGGGACACCACCUGCAUCCUGUGGGACAUCGAGACGGGCAAGGAGAAGACGACGUUCGUGGGCCACAGCGGAGAUGUGAUGAGCCUGGCCGUCUCUCCCGAUUUCUCCCUCUUCAUCUCCGGUGCCUGCGAUGCAACCUCCAAACUGUGGGACAUCCGUCAGGAGCAGUGUCGACAGACCUUCCUGGGACAUGAGUCCGACAUCAACGCCAUCUGUUUCUUCCCCAGCGGUCAGGCCAUCUGCACGGGCUCGGACGACGCCAGCUGCCGCCUCUUCGACCUGCGUGCCGACCAGGAGCUGGCCGUCUACGCCAGCGACGCCAUCCUCUGCGGCAUCACCUCGGUCGCCUUCUCCUGCAGCGGGCGCCUCCUGCUGGCCGGCUACGACGACUUCAACUGCAACGUCUGGGACACGCUGAAGGCGGAGCGCUGUGGCGUCCUGUCCGGACACGAUAACCGCGUCAGCUGCUUGGGGGUCCCGGACAACGGGAUGGCGGUGGCGACCGGAUCCUGGGACAGCUUCCUGAAGAUAUGGAACUGA